UCUCGAAGGUACUAACUAUUUACUUGUGAAGUUUGUUUAAAGUGAUGUAGAUAAGUAAUAGAAUAAAGUCUAAAUUAUGGAUGAAAGUAUGAACAUGGAAGAAAAACAGAAGUUUUUAAACGCGGUUCUACAAGGAAAUGUAGACGAACUAGAAAAAUUACUUAGUAGUGACUAUUACAAGAACAACAAACAUAUUAUUGAUGAUCAAUACGAAGACAUCAGUAGUCACAACAUAGUUAAAAAGAAAAAAACUCUUCCAUACACAGCAUUAGAAAAGUGUGACCCAGCAUUAGAAGACUUAACUUCACCACUUAAUCGCGUAGAAUUAGACUCGGUUGGUUUUAACAAGAGAACUAAAAACGAAGACAAUAGUCAGAAAAGAGACAAAAUAACGAAAACUCUUCUGUACAUAGCUUUAGAAAAAGGUGACGCAUCAUGUUUAAUUAAACUAAUUAAAAAUGGGGCAAAUUUGAACAUAACUAGUUCUAAUCAGAAAACUCCUCUCUACAUCGCAGCAGAGAAAGGGAAUAAAGAGUGCCUUAUUCUGUUACUUGACAAUGGUGCGAAUAUAAACGAAGGAGGCCCAUGUGGGACUACUCCAGGUUUUAUAGCAGCUUUGAAAAAACACCAAGAUUGUCUAAAUGAAUUAAUGAAAAGAGGGGCAUUGGUAAAAAGAGGUAACACCAUUUUCGAAACGAACUCCACUGCCCAAAAUUUGCAGAAAACAAUUAAGUCAGAUGACGUUAAAAGUCUAGGAAAAUUAAUCCAAAACGAGAAAGAAUUUUUCUUAAAUAAUAUCGGUAACAGAGAUGCGACAGGUAAAACCGUUUUCCACCUUGCUGUAGAGAAAAAUCGUAAGGACUGUCUAGACUUGUUGAUAAAAUUCGUUUCAGAGAUGGAGAACCAUCUCGACUUAAUUGACAAACCUAACGUUUAUGGUCACACCCCACUCUAUGUUGCAGCUCUACUCAAGAAUGACUGUUUCGCCCUGUUGAAGAAACACGGUGCUAAUUUUAGCAAAGCUUCAUAUUCUGCUGCUAUAGAAGGAGAGAAAGAGUGUUUAGAAAAUUUUAUUGAAGAAGAUAUCGACUUGAGCUAUCAAGGACAUAAGCGUUGUCUUAUAAAGGAUGGCAGUGACGUUCAAGUUAAUAAAAAACCAAGCAGUGAUGAAGCACAGUGCUUCAAAUGUUCGAUUGAAGAUGAACAAUUAAUAUGCUGCUACCAUGAUAUUAGCAACAUUCGGUGUUUCAAAUGUUGCAAUAAAGGGGCUAAUUUGGAAUGCAAUGAGCAUGAUGGAGGCGAAACACAAUGCUUAAAAUGCUUCAUUGAUGAAGAUUACGGUUCGAUUACUGACCAAGAUAGCUUAGUUCAUGACCAUGAUGAUUCUGGUUGUAAUAGUCUAAUAGAGGAAAUUUUUGCUCAUGUUCAUGAACCUGUUAAUUUUAUAAACCAUGUAUUUGAUUCCGCAUCAGUGGACAUUGAAAAGUCAAAAACGAAUAAAGAGAAAAUUUACAAAGUGGACUUCAAAAUUUUGCUUCCGAAAAGAGAUACAGAUCGAGGACAAAUGCACGUUUUUGCUUGCUUACUCAAUGCCAUGAACAGUGAAGAAAAAAUUGGUGUUCUAAAUCACAUUUUCUGUCAAAUAUUCUUGGCAGCAAAACUGAAAACUAGAACCUUGUACUGGAUAUUAAAAUUUAGACUUUUUAUCUGGUAUGCAUACUUUAUUUGUGUGAUGCUUUACACCGCAGCUGUGCUAAAGAUUUUUGAAUUCUCUGUCGACCAUAAGUGGUUAAUUGGUGUUACAGGCAUAUUUCUGGUAAUACGGUUCUUGGUUCAAAUGAAUCAGAUGCGUCUUCUAUGGAGUGACCAUCGAUCAGGAAUUUACUCUAUGUGGACCACCGUAAAUUCCGUUCUAGUUAUAGCUUCUGUAAUGUUCACACUCUUUUACCUCAUAGUUACCGCAUCCUUUACGAACAGCAUGAUCCAUGACAACCAAAUAAGCACUUUGACCAGCAUCUCGGCAAUAGUCAUUAUUGUACUACACAACAUAGAAUUUAUAAUGAUACAUCUUAAAUUUACCGUAGUGGGUCAAUAUUACUCCAUGUUUCUGAUAGUAUUAUACAAAACCCUCAAGGCAAUCGGGUUCUUGUUUUUGCCAAUCUUGUGCUUCAUAAUUAUUUUCCACUUGCAAUUUUUAAACUAUAGUGAAUUCAGCACGAUUUUUCGCACCUUCGUUAAAACAAUCGUGCUAAUGACCGGCGAAUUCGAAUAUGAAAAUACUUUGCACAACGAAUUGGCCAACGUCACCAACAGCUCCAGCGCUCGUCUGCUAGAAGCUUCAAGAAACCUAGAAUCUUUUUAUGUGCGAUUCUUAUUUCUUGCUUUCAUACUCUUAGUAAACUUGGUUUUGUUGAACUUGAUUAUUGGUUUAUCCGUAAAUAACGUCGCAAUGGCAAAGAAGACAGGCAAUGCUGUGAGUAUACGGCAAAAAGCUGAGUUCUGCAUAGAAGUGGAAGAUUUUUUGGAGUAUGUGAGAAGAAGGUGUUGCGUAAAGUGGAUUCAAAAUGUCGCGAAGAUAAUGGAGAAGUAUUCCAGAAUUGAGUCGCCUUAUAAGAUGCAAAGAAGCAAAUUUGCCCCCCUACGUCAGAAAACUUUCGACUCUCUAGACGAACUUGUAAGAAAUGCUAAACUUUCAAAAAAACAAAACAAGCUUUCUGUGUUGCUCUACAAUUCCUCUGGGACGAGCAAGCAAAUGUAAGAUAACACCUACAACAUCAAAUUGACACUUCCUGUAAUUGUAAAAUAACAAUAUAAAAAUAGAUUCACACAUCUUUUAUGUACAUA